AUGCCACCCCUCUACUCGAACCUACCGCCCACGGCGCGGGACUCGCUCGAGCUCGCAUCACUAGCCAGCUCAGGCUCGGGCUCCGAACUCGACGACAUCUCCUCGCGGCCGAGCAUAUCCUCAUCGCGGCGGGCCUCGCUCGAGCGCGACGACCCGCUCGACUCGCACAACCCCGCGGCGGCGGCCACCGCACCGCGCAGCCGGCCCGAACACCAUUCGCGCUCCUUCUCCGUCUCGUCCACCUUCGACUUCGCCUCCAACCUCUUCCCGCUCUCCAGCACCACCGGCGCCGCGGGGGGGUACGCGCCGCUGGGCGCAUCGUCGUCGUCGGGGCUUGAGGGGGGCGCGGGGGCGAGGGGCGGUGGUGGGGGUGCCCGUGGGGGCUCGUUGGAGAAGCAUAAGACGUUGACGUAUUUGAAUGGGCUGUCGUUGAUUGUGGGGCUGAUCAUUGGGUCGGGGAUCUUCUCGUCGCCGAGCCAGGUCAAUUCACAUGCGGGUUCGCCCGGCGCGGCGUUGAUUAUAUGGGUGGUGGCGGGGAUUUUGGCCUGGACGGGCGCGGCGAGCUAUGCCGAGUUGGGUGGUGCGAUUCCGCUGAAUGGGGGGUCGCAGGUUUAUCUUUCCAAGAUUUUUGGGGAGCUGGCGGGGUUUUUGUUUACGUGGGUCGCCGUGCUGGUGCUGAAGCCCGGGAGCGCGGCUAUCAUUUCCAUCAUUAUGGGCGAGUACCUGGUGCGGGCGUUCAUUGGUGCCGAGGCGGAGACGGUGAAUAUCUGGGUCGACAAGUCGGUUGCGCUAGUGGGGCUGGCGCUGGUGACGUUUUUGAACUGCGUCUCGACGCGGAUGGGGACGCGGCUGAACGACAUGCUCAUGUUUUUGAAAUUUGUUGCAUUGCUUGGUGUUACGGUGAUCGGGAUCGUGGUGGCCGCCACGGGAUUUUCGUUAUCAGGGCCGGCGAACCGGGACUGGAAGGACCAUCCGUGGUUCGAGGGGACCAAGAUGGAUGCGUCGGCAUGGGCUGUGGCGUUGUACGCCGGGUUGUGGGCGUUUGAUGGGUGGGAUAAUACAAACUACGUAGUCGGCGAAUUCCGCAACCCCAGCCGGGACCUACCCCGGGUCAUCCACACGGCCAUGCCGCUCGUCAUCGCGAGCUACAUCCUCGCCAACGUCGCCUACUUCCUCGUCCUCCCGCUCGACGCCAUCAACUCAACCAACACGGUCGCCGUCAUGUUCGGCGCCAAGGUCUUUGGCCCUGUGGGAUCCCUCAUCCUUGCGCUAAUCGUCAGCGCGUCCUGCUUCGGCGCCCUCAACGCCUCGACUUUCACCAGCAGCCGCCUCGUCUACGUAGCCGGCAAGGAGGGCUACAUCCCCUCACUCUUCGGACGCCUCGGCACCGGCACCGGCGUGCCCCCCACCCCAGAACUAUCCAGCCUGCGCACGCGCUCCUGGCUCAAGAAGAAGCUGGCCUCGCUCGUCGGCGACGAGGACACGGGCCUGUUCUUCACACCCAUCCCCGCUCUCAUCCUCAACGCGCUGCUCACCACAGGUUACAUCCUAGUCGGCGAGUUCGGCACGCUCAUCACCUUCUACGGCGUGGCGGGCUACACGUUUUACUUCCUCACCGUCCUGGGCCUCAUCGUGCUGCGGGUGCGCGAGCCCAACCUGGAGCGGCCCUACCGUACGUGGAUCACCACGCCCAUCAUCUUCUGCUGCGUCAGCCUGUUCCUGCUGAGCAGGGCCGUGUUUGCCCAGCCGCUGCAGACGCUGAUUGUGGUCGGGUUCGUGGUGGCCGGCGUGCCGGUGUAUUACUGGCGGGUGCGCGGGCGGAGGGGGCCGAUUGUGAAGAGGGAGGUUGGCGGUGCUGGUGCUGGGAGGGAGAGGAGGCCGUGGUGGAAGUUUUGGAAGAGGAAGUAA